CCGCAGCUGGCACUCGCCCGCCCUCUGACAUCUUUUGGGCGCAAAAGGAGCGCCUGCUGCCCUGGGCUGGCAACAAGGGCUUCCGGGUCAGAGGGGAGCAGGGCUGUGGAAGUGGCCGCGGCGACGCAGACCCGAAGGAAAUGACGUCCAUGGUCGCGGCCCGCCCAGCAGCUCCCUGGUUCGCCGGCUGCGGCUUAGUCCCUCUCCCGAUUUUUCAGAGGCACCAAAUAAUGUCAUCUGAAAUGUUGCCAGCAAUAACUGAGACUUCUAAUGUUGAAAAAAAGCAAGACAUAAGUGAAGAUCAAGAGGAAAGCCAGAAGCCAACAUUAGGUGAAGGUUUUGAACCAAUAUCUAAACGACAAAUGAAAAAACUUAUAAAACAGAAACAAUGGGAAGAACAACGGGAACUCCGCAAACAAAAGCGAAAGGAAAAACGCAAGAGAAAAAAAUUAGAGCGACAAUGUCAACUGGAUUCGAACUCAGAUGGAAAUGACAGAAAACGUAUCCGAAGACAUGUUACUCACAGCACCCUCCGUCUUAUCAUUGACUGUAGCUUUGAUGACUUGAUGGUAUUAAAGGACAUUAAGAAACUUCAUAAGCAGAUACAACGAUGUUAUGCAGAAAACCGACGAGCACUGCAUCCUGUGCAGUUUUACUUGACAAGCCAUGGAGGCCAGCUGAAAAAGAACAUGGAUGAAAAUGACAAAGGAUGGGUCAACUGGAAGGAUAUCCACGUCAAACCAGAGCACUAUAGUGAACUCGUGAAAAAAGAAGACCUGGUUUAUCUCACAUCAGAUUCACCUAAUGUAUUGAAGGAAUUAGAUGAAUCAAAGGCCUAUGUGAUUGGAGGGUUAGUGGAUCACAACCAUCACAAGGGACUCACAUAUAAACAAGCAUCAGAUUAUGGAAUUGAUCAUGCACAGCUCCCUCUUGGAAAUUUUGUGAAGAUGAAUAGUCGAAAAGUUUUGGCAGUUAAUCAUGUGUUCGAGAUUAUUCUGGAGUACUUGGAAACAAGAGACUGGCAAGAAGCAUUUUUUACUGUCUUGCCCCAGCGGAAAGGAGCUGUUCCCACAGACAAAGCCUGUGAAGGUCCUUCCCAGGACAAGCAAGCUGGCAGGGUUGAAGACGGAUCGCACAGUGAUUCCAGCGAAGAGGAGCAUAGCAGCAGUGAACCGGAUCCACCACGUGAGGCAGCAAAGCAGGAUAAGGAGCAUGGCGCUGAAUCUGCAGUUCUCUGACCUCAAGGAAAAUCACCAUCUGAGCCAGCCCGAGACCAUCCUGGACGACUCCCUCACCCUCCUCUACAACAUGCGCCAUACAACGGGUUCAGCAAAUAAAUAUUUCUCCAAAGGCUCCAUUUCCCUUUAACCCCACUACCUUGACCUAAUCUAAAGCCACACCAAUUCUUGUCUGAGCUACUGAAACAUUCUUUCUCCUAGUCAAGCUGCCUGGAAUCUUACAUUAUUGUUAAUUCAAGAAACAUUUGUGUCCUUCAUUAUUCUAGAUGCUGAAGAUAUAGAAUCAAAAUUAAAUGGCUGAAAAAUCAACUGUCCUGCGUUGAAUUUUGUUAUUAUGCUGAGAUUUCUGUUCUAAAUGAUGCCAUAUUCUAGAAGUGACCGUGUUAAAUUUGCUCCUAAUUUCACAACAAAUCAACAACAGAAAGGAGUAUCAAAAACAGAAAGGAGCCCUGUGGUAUUUUCUAGGCCACUCUGCCUCUAUGGCUUUGUCAUCAAUAUAGUGACUGUGCAUCACUCCUAGCUUCUUCUAAGUCACAGCUCACUCACUGAUCAGCUAUAUCCUAGAGAAUGUCAUUAUCCUUUUAGCGAGAGGAUGUAGAAUGCAUAUCUCCUCCUAGGAAACCCACAGUCUCUGUUAUGGGAACCUAAGAAAGUGCAUAAUGAAUCAAAGUAGCUUCCAGUUCCCUGAGACAGGCAUUUGUUUCCACGGCUGGGCAGGGACAGCCAGGCCUGCCAUCCAGACUUCUGAGUGUCAGGGAGCCAUGGCUGACCCAAGGGUCUCAACCCAGUGUGCACCAGGUCUGGAGAAAUGGAAAAACAUCCGAUGAGUAGACUCUCUCUGUGAUUCCACCCUUGGAAGUCUGUUGAAGUUAUCCCUUGGAAUCCCUCCGAGAACUUCUCUUCAAUGACCUCAUGAUUUCUAGGAGAAGAGUAACCUUAAAUUUUUGAAAUUUGAAAUUUUUUAUUCAUGCAUUGUUCAAUGACAGGAAUACAUUCUGAGAAAUGUGGCAUUAGGUGACUUCAUCACGUGUGAACAUCAUUUUAAGUACAUAAUCAAGCAUGUCUGCACAAACCAAGGUGGUAUAGCCUAGCACACACCUAGGCUAUAUGGUAUAGACUUCACCACUAGGCCACACAUCUGUACCGCAUCUGUACUGUACGGAAUGAAUACUGUAGGCCAUUGUAUCACAAUGUUAAGUAGUUGUGUAUCUAAACAUAGAUAAGGUACAAUAAAAAUACCAUAUUAUAAUCUUAUGGGACCACUGCUGUAUAUGUGGUCUAUUGUUAACCGAAACAUCAUUAUGUGGUGCAUGGCUGUAUUUCUUAAUUCUAGAAUUUCCUUUCAGUCCUCUUUUUGUAUGAUGUCUAAUUUCUCUUGUGAUAUUUCCCAUCUGUUCACUCAUUAUAUCCAUCUUUUCUUAUAAAUUCUUGAAAUAUUUAGAGCUCCCCCCCCCUUUUAGGGCCUUCCCUGGUCCUUUCAACAUCUGCAUCAUUUUUGUGCCUGAUUAUUAACUCUUUUCUUUCUUCUGGUUAUGGGUUAUAGUUUCCUGUUCCUUGAAUUUCUAAUAAGUCUUUAUUAUGUGAUGGCCUUUAUAUAUGCUACAUUGUGUAGCAUCUAUAUUUUGUUUGUCUCCCUUUAAAGAGUGUUCAGUUUUGUCCUGGAAGGCUGUUAAUAUUUUGGCAGAUGAGCUCAAUCUGUUGAAACUUGAUUUUAGGAUUCGAGAGUCUGAGUCUAGAGUAGCCUCUACUCUAAUGGUACAGUAUUCACAUCUAUUCUUAAGGUGUGACUUUUCUGGGGUCUCAGCUGAAUUCCUAGUAUGUUCAGCAAGGUCUCUUCACUUUGGAAAAUAAGAACUCCAGCAACUCUAAGCUCUGAUACCUCCCAUUAGCUCCCUUCUGCCAAGUCUUAGAAUUUCACCCUGUGCAUGUGCAGCUUAAUGUUGGACCAAAGGCUCAGUGGGACCCUAUACAGAUUUUUGGAGUUCAUUCUAUGCACAGAUUUCUCUUCUUUGCAAACUCUGGUCACCCUAGCAUCCCCAAAUUCUGAACUCUGUUUUCUAUACCCAGUGAACCUGCUGGUCUCCACUUGGUCUCGAGAGAGCUCUGCUUCUCUGUGCUAUGACGGGGCAGGUGCCCCAGGCAGAAGUCUGGGUUGAAUAUGGAAAUUAUCCCAACUGUUUAUCUUCUCUCAAUGGUCAUAAAUCUGUACUGUCAGUUUCUAAUACCUGAAAACAAUUUCUUUAUAUAUUUUGUGGAAUUAUACAGCUGUUUACAACAGGUGAAGUUUUGAACCUAUCCAUCAUUUUAGAACCAAAGUCCAUUGCUUACAACUUUGCCACCUCAUCCCCCCAGAUUAGUU